AUGGCGGACCUUCCCUGUGCCAUGGAUACUGGAUGUGAGCUGCCGGCAUCCGUCAUCCUGACCAAACUGAUGAAGAAAAAGAGGAGCCAGUUGUUCACCUCCACCAGUCCAUCCCUACCAUGCCGCCACCAUCGUUCGCCGCCGCAGUCCGCCACUGGCUGUCGCCCACGCAACUCCGUUGUUGCACUUGCACCCCCACCCACCUCGCCAUCUUUCCGUUUUAGAAGGCGGCAGCACACCGCGGCGCGACGGAGGUGGAAAAAACAGCUAGUGCACGCGGCGACUUCCACAGGGCAACACUCCGUCCUCCAUCCGAGCACGACCCGGUUGCUUGUGUCGGCUCUCCACGCCCGCGGCCCGUCCCUCCCUUCUCUCACGCCCACGGGCGUCCGCGGUGUUCCUUGGCGAGCGGCGGCCGCGGCCGUCCUUGCUAUAGAAAGGAAUUUUCAGAAUCAAUGCUGCUUCUACCUCUAUACUAAUUGGCACCCCUCUUGGAUAUGGGCCAGGGUGAGCAUGAGCGUGGCAUCGUGGAACCAGGAAGCACCUGCCCAGGAAGAUCAUCUACACCCGCCCGCCUGUCCAUGCACCAGUGGUGGACUGGAGCUACAAAAAAUAUAUUGGGCGGGUCACAGCGAAAUCGCCGUGGUGACGGAUUUCUCUGGUUUGACAUUCAAAAUUACCGAUGUGCCAACUACUCCUCGCCUUUGUUCCUCGACGCAUAUGCCCCUGCGCCCGUUCCUCAGCAUAGUCAGCGACACAGACGCCGGUGCUGUCGUUCCUCUCAUAGCGGAGGACUCGGAAGCCGCUACUGUUGUUCCUCUACGCGACACCGACGUUGUGCCCUCCAGAACCAUGGCAGGACGCCAUGUGAAUGCCUCAGGGAGUGUGUGGAUGCCCACCAAAUGUUUGAUGGGUUCCCCUAAUUGAUCUUUCUAUGUAGCUAGCCCUCUCUAUUUCAGUCUCUCCCUACUCCUAUACAGCUAUACUCCAUGCCUCGGGUGAUGUUAUUUUGUUUCAGUUUUCUGCCAGAUUUAACACUGACCUUUUGUUCAAAUCCUCUCCAGGUUGAACCACUGAAAGGGAGCACCCAAAGAUGCAGAGGCAACAACUCCAAAGAAUCAAUACGGUGAUGUGUUUUCAGUAUUCCUAAAAUAAAUGAAGUAAUGGUGUGAUUAGCACUGACAUUGAUGGAUCAUUCGUUGCUAUUGAGAAAAUCAUCACACUCUGUUAAGACAGAUUCCAUUUGUUUUUAGCACAAGCUCGCAUAGGUGUCGUAUGAAAUUUGAGUCAUUUGAACAUUAAGGAUAUAGGUAGUUCCUGGUUGCUCUCUGCAGUAUAUUCAUUCGAACACCAAGGAUGUGAGUAGAUUCAGAUGAUUUUUAUUACAUAAAUGAGUGUUUAAUGUAUCCCCUACCCCUUUUUAUUUGUACUUAAUGUUUCCUGGUUUGAAAUCAACAUUACUUUUCUGCAAUGAGACUAGAGAAUUAGUGAUCGCAGAAUUAUGCGCCUGUCUACAAUGUUUCUAUAAUAGUAUUUUCUGCAA